GGCGCCCGCCUCCCUCCUUCGCGGACUGUCUCCCGACUCGCCCGCUGAGAGCCCUUUUUGAUUGCGAGCUGCGGUAGCGGAGCAGAGGCGGCGGCGCGGGACCUGCAGUCGCCCGGGAUUCCCUCCAGGUGACGAUGCUCUGGUUCUCCGGCGUCAGGGCUCUGGCUGAGCGUCCCUGCCGGCGCUCGCCUGGGAUUACCUGCUGCGUCUUGCUGCUGCUCAAUUGCUCGGGGGUCCCCAUGUCUCUGGCUUCCUCCUUCUUGACAGGUUCUGUUGCAAAAUGUGAAAAUGAAGGCGAAGUCCUCCAGAUUCCAUUUAUCACAGACAACCCUUGUAUAAUGUGUGUCUGCUUGAACAAGGAAGUGACCUGUAAAAGGGAGAAGUGCCCAGUGCUGUCAAGAGACUGUGCCCUGGCGAUCAAGCAGAGGGGAGCCUGCUGUGAGCGGUGCAAAGGUUGUACCUAUGAAGGAAAUACCUAUAACAGCUCCUUCAAGUGGCAGAGUCCUGCAGAUCCCUGUGUCCUGCGCCAGUGCCAGGAAGGCGUUGUCACAGAGUCUGAGGUGCGAUGUGUUGUUCAUUGUAAAAACCCUUCCAAGCACCUGGGAACGUGCUGCCCCACAUGUCCAGGCUGUGUGUUUGAGGGUGUGCAGUACCGAGACGGGGAGGACUUCCAGCCGGAAGGAAACAAAUGUACCAAGUGCUCCUGUGUCGGAGGCAGGACACAGUGCGUGCGAGAAGUUUGUCCCAUUCUCUCCUGUCCUCAGCACCUUCGUCACAUUCCCCCAGGACAGUGCUGCCCCAAAUGUUUGGGAUUCUGUUGUUUCCCUCAAGGUCAGAGGAAAGUGUUUGACCUCCCAUUUGGAAGCUGCCUCUUUCGCAGUGAUGUUUACGAUAAUGGGUCCUCCUUCCUCUACGAUAACUGCACUGUAUGCACCUGCAGGGACUCUACUGUAGUGUGUAAGAAGAAGUGCUCCCGCCCUGGCGGCUGUGGGAAAGGCGAAGGGGCCUGCUGUGAGGAAUGCCUCCUACGAGUGCCCCCAGAAGACAUCAAAGUGUGCAAGUUUGGCAGUAAGGUUUUCCGGGAUGGAGAAAUGUGGUCCUCAGUGAACUGCACCAUCUGUGCAUGUGUGAAAGGCAAGACAGAGUGUCGCAAGAAGCAGUGUGUUCCCAUCAGCAGCUGUCCUCAGGGUAAAAUUCUCAACAGAAAAGGAUGCUGUCCUAUUUGCACUGAAAAGCCCGGCGUCUGCACGGUGUUCGGAGAUCCCCACUACAACACUUUUGACGGACGGACAUUUAACUUUCAGGGGACGUGUCAGUACGUUUUGACAAAAGACUGCUCCUCCCCUGCCUCGCCCUUUCAGGUGCUGGUGAAAAACGACGCGCGCAGGACCCGCUCCUUCUCCUGGACCAAGUCCGUGGACCUGGUGCUGGGCGCCAGCACCGUCAGCCUCCAGCAGCACCUGACCGUGCGCUGGAACGGCUCGCGCAUCGCGCUGCCCUGCCAGGCGCCGCACUUUCACAUCGACCUGGAUGGCUAUCUCUUGAAAGUGACGACCAAAGCAGGUUUGGAAAUAUCCUGGGAUGGAGACAGUUUUGUCGAAGUCAUGGCUGCCCCCCAUCUCAAGGGCAAACUCUGUGGUCUCUGUGGCAACUAUAAUGGACAUAAACGUGAUGACUUAAUUGGUGGAGAUGGAAACUUCAAGUUUGAUGUGGACGACUUUGCCGAGUCCUGGAGGGUAGAGUCAAAUGAGUUCUGCAACAGACCCCAGAGAAAACCAGUCCCUGAGCUGUGUCAAGGGACAGUGAAGGUAAAGCUCCGAGCCCAUCGAGAAUGCCAGAAACUCAAAUCCUGGGAAUUUCAGACCUGCCACUCAACUGUGGACUAUGCUACCUUCUACCGGUCCUGUGUGACAGACAUGUGUGAAUGUCCAGUCCAUAAAAAUUGUUACUGCGAGUCAUUCCUGGCAUAUACCCGGGCCUGCCAGAGAGAGGGUAUCAGCGUCCACUGGGAGCCUCAGCAGACCUGUGCAGCCACCCAGUGUAAGCAUGGUGCUGUGUAUGAUACCUGUGGUCCAGGAUGUGCCAAGACGUGUGACAACUGGAAUGAGAUUGGUCCAUGCAAUAAGCCGUGUGUCGCUGGUUGUCAUUGUCCCGCCAACUUGGUCCUCCACAAGGGAAGGUGCAUCAAGCCAGUCCUUUGUCCUCAGCGGUGACCUUUGUUCAGCAGCUUAAGACUUUGAAACCUGGUGUCCUUGACACUGAAGUGGAAGAGCCAAUGAAGGACUGCAGUAUUUGUGUGCUGAUGCUGCAACCACACACACACACACACACACGCAGAGUAUAUAUGUGUACAUAUAUAGAUAUAUAGAUAUAUUCAGAAACAUUGCAUCAUUUAUAUAAACUAUAGGUGGAUUAUUAUAUGUAUAUUUUUUGCUAUAAGACAUGUAUUGUUUCUAGAAUCCCAAUCUGUAAGCCAUUGGAUAGAUUGUAUAAAUAAACCAGGUGUUUUUAAUUUAAUAAGGCAGCAUGCAGACAUAUUGGAUGGCUUUAACAUCACAUACAUUUGUCAUUUUUAAGGACGUUUUCUAAAGAACCUAAAUUGCCUGCCUGCAUUCAUUUUCGCUUUGAAUCAGGAUUUGCAGUUGAGUGAGAAAUGUGUUUCCCCGGAGAAGGGCAAAUUUAUCUAGGGGUGUUUCAUGAUUCCAAAGAAAGGAAUGUAUGCCUGAGAGAGAUGGCCGCUGAUUGGUGACAGGCCCUAAUGGUGCAUGUAAAGCAAGGCGUAGGUUGUUAGACUUUUAUUGGGUCAGUGUCUGAUAUUAUUUCCAAAACUGAUUGGCUAGUUGCCAAGAAAUAUAUAUUUGUUCCUAGAACAUAACCAAAGCAUCAAAUGACUUCUUGCCAUCUUUGCAUAUUCCUUGAGCCUCCUAAUUAUGUAUGUGUUUAUGAUGGAUGUGUCUACUUCCAUGUCACACAUUGAGAUUAAGAAGUGUCUCAGUGACAUGUUAGUCUUAUUGAGCAUGAAGAGACUUUUAGAGAAACUGUUGCACAACAUAUGAAAAAUAUCCAUUUCUCUGACUCUCAGAGCAAUUUAGGAUGGGCAAAUCUGAUAAGUGAAUGUGAGCCAUAUACAUUCUGUGACUAUUCCAUGUAUAAAAUGAAAGCUUUUAAUUAUUUCUAGAGCAGGGGUCGGCAAACUUUUGAGAUGGAAGAGCCGCCAGGG